CUCAUUGGAGCUGCAAGCCUGCAACUCUAUUGAAUUCAACUGACAGCCCUAACGUUUGCCAACAUAAAGCCUGCAAGUGUUAAUGGAGUUUGACGAAAUCUUAUGAUCUUGACGUUUGAAAUACUUGUGUACGGAUUUGAUACGAUAAGCAGCCAUUGGCGGCCCUCCUCCAAGUUUUGAUGUCUCUUCUUCAUCAACUUGGGCGACUUCACCUUCAACAUCAUCAUCGCACUGUAAAUGUGGCCACUUGCAAUGCCCUCUUCUUCUCCAGUCCGCAAUCAACCUUCAAUCCCAGAUGCACGUAUUGCACUUGCCUUGAUCCCGAUAUCACUUCAACCAACUGUACUUCAUCGGCAUUGGCAUAUUCGUCCUCUCAAUCCGUUGUAAGAAGGGUCUGUUCCUUGGUUUGUCAAUCUUACUGCCAACAGCAAAACCAUUUCAGAAGAACACGGCCCAGUCUAAACCUGUUGAUUGAGCCUGGAAAUUUGACUCCUGAACAGGCCAUUUCAGUUGUCGCUUCUCUCGUCGACGAGGCAGGUUCAAUGGUGGCUUUGAGUUUCUUCUACUGGGCAAUUCGGUUCGUGGAAUUCAGGCAUUUUAUGCGGUUUUAUAUUGUUUCGUGCGCUUCGCUGAUUGCGAAUAGUAAUUUGGAGAGAGCCAAUGAAGUAAUUCAGUGCAUGGUUAGGAAUUUUGCUGAAAUUGGGAAGUUCAAGGAUGCUGUCAGCAUGGUGAUUGAGAUGCAAAACCAGGGCCUCGUGCCGAGCACUCUGACCUUGAAUUGCGUUGUUAGGGUUGCUGCCGAAAUGGGUUUGCUUGAGAUUGCGGAGAACAUGUUCGAUGAAAUGUCUGCGAGAGGAGUGCCGCCUGAUUCUUCAAGUUUUAAGCUAAUGGUUGUUGCGUAUUGCAGGACGGGAAGAAUUGCAGAAGCAGACAGGUGGUUGAGUGGAAUGCUGGCUAGUGGCUUUCUUGUUGACAAUGCAACCUGCACAUUGAUAAUUAGCAGAUUUUGUGAAAAUGGUUAUGUGAAUAGAGCAUUGUGGCUGUUCGGGAAGAUGCGUGAGAUGGGUUUCACUCCAAACAUAAUCAACUUUACCUCUAUGAUUGAUGGAUUGUGCAGGAGGGGUAGCAUCAAGCAAGCAUUUGAAUUGUUAGAGGAAAUGGUACGAAAAGGCUGGAAACCUAAUGUAUAUACUCAUACAACAUUGAUUGAUAGCCUCUGUAAGAUGGGGUGGACUGAGAAGGCAUUUAGACUUUUCCUUAAGCUUGUUAGGAGUGACAAUUACAAACCCAAUGUGUACACAUAUACUGCAAUGAUCAGUGGUUACUGCAGAGAGGAUAAGUUAAACCGGGCAGAGAUGUUGUUGUCCAGAAUGGAGGAACAGGGGCUAGUUCCUAACACCAACACAUAUACAACCCUCAUUUCUGGGUACUGCAAAGUGGGGAAUUUCGAUCGAGCAUAUGAGAUGAUGGAUCAAAUGGGUAAAAAAGGUUUCACUCCCAAUAUUUGUACAUACAACACAAUUGUUGACGGAUUAUGUAAAAAGGGAAGGGUUCAAGAGGCUUAUAAACUGCUGCAAAUAAGCAGUAAACAUGGAUUACAAGCUGAUAUAGUCACGUAUAACAUACUCAUUUCUGAGCACUGCAACAAGGCUGAAACGAGGCAGGCCUUGAGGCUUGUUUGUAAGAUGCUCAAAAUUGGCCUCACUCCUGAUAUGCAUUUAUACACCACAUUAAUUGCUGCCUUUGGCAGGCAAAAGAAAAUGACUGAAAGCGAGAAGAUUUUUGAUGAUUCUAUCAAGCAUGGCUUGAUUCCAACCAAAGAAACUUACACUUCCAUGAUAUGCGGAUACUGCAGAGUCGGAGAUAGCAGCCAGGCUGUAAUACUAUUUCAGAGAAUGAGUGAGCAUGGUUGUGUACCCGAUAGUUUUACUUAUUGUGCUCUCAUAAGCGGGCUUUGCAAAGACGGUAAAUUGGAUGAGGCUCAGAGAUUUUAUGCCGUCAUGAUAGACAAAGGACUUUCCCCGUGUGAAGUCACUCGGGUGACAUUAUCUUAUGAGUAUUGUAAGAAGGAUGAAGCUUCCACUGCAAUGGCUGUCUUGGACAGAUUAGACAAAAAACUGUGGAUCCGGACAGUUAAGACCUUGGUCAGGAAGCUUUGUAGUGAGAGGAAAAUUGACAUGGCUGCAUUAUUUCUCCACAAACUUAUAGAUAAAGAUCAGAAUUUGGAUCAUAUAACUCUUACUGCAUUCACUACUGCAUGUUAUGACAGCAACAAAUAUUCUCAUGUUUCUGAAAUCUCAGAAAGGAUCUCCAAAGGAAUUGGUUAAGUGGGCCAAAUGUUGUGAUAUAGUGAUUGAUUUGCUUUGAACAUUUGAGUUGCCCAACUAAUUUGGUUUAUAUCCACCUGACACUCUCUCCUCAUUGGUAGUGGAGUUUUUAGUCCUUUUGCAUUCCAGAGAGAUUCCUAAUUGAUAAUUUAACUCUUUGGGGGCUACAAGCAUGACAAACGGACACUUGUCAAAUUUGCUGGAGUUAUGUGACAUUCAAAACAUGUAGCAGUUAACCCAGCCACAUUUCAAUUUGCAUGUUGGCUUAUUAUCUAGCUUCUUAUGGUCUUUACUCGGAUAAUCUAGCAUUGAACUUCCUUGGAUCGGCUCUCAAAAUGGGUGGCAUCCUCUACAUAAACUGACCCAAUUGUGGAAAGGUAAGAAAGCCUGCUAACCUCAUACUUGCGGAUACGGCAGCCAUAUUGAGAUUCAUUCAGCAUCAGUCACCACAAUCAGUGGCCAAGUUUUCUGAUUCUUAUAGUGAAUUGUUUGCUUUGUGUUUCUUUUACUUCCCUUCUCUAUUUACCCGCAAUGGCUGUAAUUUUGACGUUUAAAAGUAUUAGUCCCUGCAUCAUAUUUCCUUUUCGAUUCCUUUUCUUCUUCUCACCCAUCCUAAGUGAGAAAAUGUGUUUGGCUUGUAUAUGCUAAGUCAAGAUGCAUACAGGGGACUGUCAUUGAGGUACUAAUUUGCCUUAAUGUGUUGUACAAAAGCAUUGGCUCCAGGAUGAAUUUCAUUGCUUUUAGUUGACUAGAUUUUAAGUUUUUGAUAGCAUCUGUGUUCUCUGAAUUGCCUAUGGGCCUUACAGAAACGUUGGACCUUAAUAAAUGUUAUGUACUCUUUCA